CCAAGGAUCCACGUGCUGCUCCGCGCAUUUCGAGAUCAAGAUGGCAGCCUCCGUGUGUCGGUGCUACGAGCUGGUUGGCAGACGUGCCCUGGCCCUCUGCUCCCGGCCUCUGGUCUCCUCGGUGUGGAGAGGAGAUGUUUACGGGUUACAGUGGAGCCCAGCUGCAGCUGUGCAGGUGCGAUAUUCUUCAGGACGUAAAGGUUUCCUGGGAGAGUUUGUGGAGGGCCUGCGUCAGGAGUUCAGUAAGAAUCAGGAAAUGAAAGACAACAUAAAGAAGUUCAGAGAAGAGGCCAAGAGGCUUGAGGAGUCUGAUGCUCUUCAACAAGCCCGAAGGAAAUAUAAAUCUAUAGAGGCUGAGACAGUGAAGACUUCAGAGUUGUUUAAGAAGACAUUUGGCUCCCUCUCAGACACCGUCAAGGAGGGUCUUGAGGAGGUGAGUCGUACUGACAUCGGGAAGAAGAUCAAGGAAGGUGUGGAGGAGGCAGCCAGGACAGCCAUGCACUCAGCAGAGUCUGUCUCCAAAGGAGGAGAAAAACUGGGCAGAACUGGUGCUUUCAAGGCUAUCUCACAGGGUGUGGAGACCAUGAAGAAGGAGAUAGAUGUUGGUGAUGCCGGCCCUUACAGAGCGCCCUCUCAGCUGAGGAAGAGAAGCGAUUGCUCCUCCAAAGGAGCAGACAGCGACUCCAGAGUGUUCGAGGCGGACGAAGAGGCCAUGGGUGUCGUUCUCCACAAGGAUUCAAAGUGGUUCCAGCAGUGGAAGGACUUCAAGGACAAUAACGUAGUUUUUAACAGGUUCUUUGAGAUGAAGAUGAAAUAUGAUGAAAGCGACAACGCCCUCGUCAGAGCUUCCAGAGCUAUGACUGAAAAAGUCACUGACUUCCUAGGUGGUUUUUUCUCUAAGACAGAAAUGUCUGAGGUGCUGACAGAGAUCGUGAAGGCAGACCCCACCUUUGACAAAGACUCCUUUCUCAAACAGUGUGAGAAAGACAUAAUCCCUAACAUACUGGAGGCUAUGAUCCGGGGAGAGCUGGAUGUAUUAAAAGACUGGUGCUAUGAAGCUACGUACAGUCAGUUGGCUCACCCCAUCCAGCAGGCCAGAGCGCUGGGACUGCUCUUUCAGUCCAAGAUCCUUGACAUUGAUAACAUAGAUCUAGCAAUGGGUAAGAUGAUGGACCAGGGCCCGGUGCUGAUCAUCACCUUCCAGGCUCAGGUCGUCAUGGUGAUCCGCAGCCCCAAAGGAGACAUUGUGGAAGGAGAUCCGGGGAAGGUGAUGAGGAUGAUGUAUGUUUGGGCGUUGUGUCGUGACCAGGAGGAGCUGAACCCCAACGCAGCCUGGAGACUCCUGGACAUCUCCGCCUCUAGCACUGAGCAGGUCCUCUAGGAGGAGGAGGAGGAACGCAGGGGAAAAGGCGGCUAUGGGACAUCCAAACCGAGAAGAAGGGCAGAAGAUUGAAGGAUGUGCCUGGAACACCUGCAUGUGCUGACUCACACAAAUCAACAUCUGAGAGCAGCGCACCCAUGCUCCUGUGUUAUGCCAGAGACUAUUUGCACACACUCACAUUUCCAAUCGCUACCUAGGAUUCAGGUGCAGAAAUAUACAUGAACAUAGAGAUUAACCACCGUCAUAUGAUAUUUCCAUAGAGAACUGUGCAUCCAACAGUAUACAUGCGUAGUGUCUUGCACUGGUUAGCUCAGUGUUUGGGUUUCCAGGUGGAGUGUGAAUAUUUACAAUCAUUUUGGAAUUGAUGGAACCAACUUUUUCACCAACUGGAGAAAAGAGGAGCCUGUGCCAUUUCCCUCAUUGUUUCAUCCAGUGGCACAGUCCAUCCAUGCCGGGCCUGGUGGCACAAAAAAAAUGGACAUGGCGUCUGUGACUUUACCCAUUGGUGUCGAGAGGGACAUUUGAAGCUUGGUAUGAUGUUCACCACUGUUAUUGUCAAAUAAUGUAAACGGUAAAUUAAAAUUCGAGCCUUGUUGCAGCAACUAACAUAGCUGAGCGGUACAGCAUGAGAUACCUUGUAAAUCAAGGCAAACAGGUCCCAUGCCCCAAGUUAAAGGGGCACUUCAACAAUUUUACACUUGAAGAUCAGUUUAUAGUUUACAAGGAGUCCACUCUGCCUGUGAAAAUUUGCAUACAAAUAUGCCAGAUUAUUUCAACAGAGUUACCUCAGAUUGGGGUUUAAGACUUUUAUCAGAAAACUUGUGGUACGAACUUCGCAACGAAAUCAGCGUCCACCUGGAAGGAAAGGUCUAACAUUAGAUGCCAUUGAGUUGCAUUCUUUUAGAGAUUGACUCAUACUAAAAGUAAAAUAAAAGUCAUAAUAUCUAAACAUCUGCUGCUUCAAAAUCAACCAUGCGUUUUAAACUGUGAGUCGACAAACUUUAUAGAAGUGUAAUACUAAAUCGAGUACAACACUAGUCAGUUAAAAACACAGAUAAGAGAUGCUGAAAUUAACCACUGAGACACUGUCUUACAUCUUUUAAGAGAGAAAUUGGUUGAAGUUUUCUAUGCCAAAUUAACAUUGACCAUUAAAAGAAAUGCACAUUAAAGAAUUCUAGCACUGGCUUCAAAAUUCAGCUGUGGUGGUUUCUGCUUGGUUCCUGCUGGCUUUUGCGACAGAAAAAUUAUAGAACUUAAAUACAUGUACAACAAGUAAGAUGAAGAUAAAACCAUACAUUAUAGGAUGUGAUGAUCUGUGUAGUUAGGGUCCAUCCUGUCAUAUGUACUGUAGCUCAGCACGCCAGAUGCACUAUAACCUGACAAAUCACACACAACUGGAGAGAAAAUCCUUGUUUGUAUUUGCAGUUUGUUUUGAAAUGCAGCAGUGCAUUGGGCUCCCGGUCCCUGUAUAUUCUGUACAUCCUCAAUAAGUAGAAAUGUAUUGUAUCUACGUCUCUUAACGCUUUGUAAGUAUAUUAAAUGUCAAAUACUGCUUCUUUGUAAGCUUGGGCGAGACCACAUUCAAACAUGUCAUCAUGGCAGCUUUAUUGUUUGAGGAUCAUUUGCCGUCUCAUGUUGCAGACUUUUCAGCUUUUUGUUGUAUUAAAAUAUUUGGUUUGCUUUUAUGUAUGUGACUCUACAAGGGUUAGAGAUGAGGAUGAAAACUUGAAGUACAUUACUGUAUUGUUGUGUUGACUGAUUUUGACAUUGAUACUGUGACUCUGUCUCUUCUCACAUAUCACCGAAGAUUGAACACAUUAUGAUUGUACUGCAAUUGUCUUUCCUUCACACAAAGCGUUCACAAGUUUUGAAGAGAAACUGAGCUCCUGAAGGCCAAAGCAAGCGAGAUGGUGUUACUUACUCGAAUUCAUGACCACCCCUGAUGGUCGCACCGUGCUCAAGUAUUAUUUUGUUCAUGAACUUUCCUCUAGAGCCUCUAUCAGCCAAAAUGUCAUGUUGGCACACAAAAUACUGUUUUUCACCACUAAAAAUUAAGGUUUGCACAGAUGUCUAAGGGGACAAAUCUUUUAUAUUUAUGACCAUAUAACCUUUCUUCUAGCCUCACCCUAAGGAGAAACUUUAUUCUUGCUCCACUACUCCUAAGGCUCGACAAAUCACCACUAUGUUUGUUCUAUACAACACUUUCACAUUCUGGGCUGUAAUGAUCGUUACAACCUUGAGAGGCCACUAGCGGGAUGGUUUUAGUCUUGUAUUAGUCUAUAUUAAGUCAGGGCACAAAUAUGCUCCAGCCAUUUAAGAUUAAAUUUAUUCUGAUUGAAAAUAAAUUCUAACAGCUCUUUA